CUUUGUUCAUGGAAGAGUCGCGUUUUCUGUCGUAGGGUGAUGCACAACUUGGUCGGUCUUAAAAAAGAACUUCAAUAAUUUAUUUCAAGAUGAUGCUCGAGCCACAACGUGUUUCUUCCGGACGUUGAUUUCCUUCGAAGAUGUAGCUAAAUAAAAUUUAAUGGCGAAUCUAGCCGAUGUGUUCACUGAGUCGGAAAGAAUGAACUGGCUGAAGGCAUGGCUGGCAAUUGAUAUUGCAAAGAUUGGCCUAGAGCAGUUCGCGGAGAACGAGGCUACAAUUCUACAAGGCAAUAUUUACAACGCAAUCUUGACAAGUGGCGCAGUCGCGUGUUCUUGCUGUCACACUGCAAACGUGCUGAAAUGCCCUUCGCCAGGGAUAUGCAAUAAACGAGGAGCAAAUGGCAUAUGCAUAGCAAUGCAUGACACCGCGUCCAAACAACCGCGACCAUGUCCUGCUAAUACUUGUAAUAAAGUCCUUAUUGAAAUUGCAAAGCAACAUAAAUAUCCCAAUCCUGCGUGGAAAAACACAGAAGCAAUUCACUGGGCAUCAUGUCCAUGGCAAAUAGCCAAGGUUUAUUUUCCUCCAGACGGUUACACUGGAAAGGGAUCGGCUCAAGAUACUGACUUCAAUGGCAUCAUCAGUUUUAUGAUCAACUGUAAACAUUUCGAUAACAAGUUUUCGUUCCCCAUAGAUCCAGGAAAAACACUUCCACCAUGCCUUUUAACAAAGGCGCGGGACAUUGGCAGAACUGUACGUCAUUCGUCUACGUGCAAGGUCGCAGAUACAGAUCUCCAGGAUAUUUUUAUAACACUGACUAGCCUGUUGACUGACCCAAAAUGUCUAGCACACGACGUUGCUGCGAAGGAGGCUGUGAGAAAAUUAGCAAAGCUACAAACCGACGUUCUGAAGCUAACAACGGAGGAAAUUGUUAAUUUGUUAGAGUCUGCACAAGAUACUCUAAAGAAAGUAGAACAUAUAACUGAGACGGCUAUUGAAGAGAUUCGUUUUUCCAUUGAAAACUUUAGAAAGGAUCUAAACGCACACAAUGACAAAUUAAAGCAGGAUCUUGAUGAACACACGGGCAAGUGUAAAGGACAACUGGAUGAACAUCGUCGUAAGACGACAGGAACAGACUACGACCAAUCGUGUAAAGAUUUUCGGAGACGGUUGAUGGCACAUUACGAUGACACUUCUAGCAAUGUUCCUCUUUCAAACUUGGAUCAAAGUCUUGAUAAGCGUAUAGCAGAUAUAUACGCAACGCCAAAUAUACACCGAAUUGAAAUCGAAAAAAAUGGGAAACGCGUUAAACAGGAGCAAGUACUGACAUACAAACAAAUAUUUUGCACAGAUGGUGAUUUCAGUCGACGUAUAUAUCUACAAGGUGAACCCGGCAGCGGAAAAUCUACAUUUUCAGCUAAGUUAGUUCAUGACUGGUCCCAUAUUAAUCAGGUUUCUUCGCCAUCUCCUUCUUCUUCUGACACCAAAGCAUUUGAUGACGUGUUAACAAUUCAACAAUUCAAAUUCCUAUUUUUCGUCACAUUGAGAGAUUCGAGAGGUCAGGCAGAUGUUACGCAGAUGAUAAAGAAGCAACUUAUUGAUACAACAUUUUCCGAAGACGAACGCGCCGAUAUGUACAGACUUUUCGUACAAAUAAUGAACACUGAAAUCUGCCUCGUAGUACGGGAAGGUCUAGACGAAUGGGUGCCUCCUAAUGGUAGUAACCUAGCCGAACCAUCCAUGGCAGGAUUUCAGAACGACAAGUGCACGGUCCUGACAACAUCUCGACCAUGGAAGCUGGCUGAUGAACGUAUCAAGAAUUCGCAAAUCGACAUUCUUUUCGAAAUCGAGGGGAUUAGUAAUCCGUAUGCAUUUAGUAACAAUAUUAUUCGAUGCCUUAUUGACCAUUCGAAGGAUCUAAAAGAAACUGCGAUACAAUUUAAGUCAUUCGUUGAAGAUCGUAAGCUCGAAGAAUUAUCUUCUUCGCCAAUGUUGUACACGCUUGUCAUAUAUACCUGGGUAAACACGAUUGAGAAAGAAGAACGUUUGAAAGAAUCGUCAUUGUGUGGACUGUACACUACUCUACUGGAAAGUCUUUGUAAAAAAGCCAACAGUACGAGUGGUUAUUUCAACGAUUCAAACCCGCCACCAGUGCACUGUUUUUCUAGCACAAGUUACCUUCAGCCAAACAUUGAACACUUAGAUAAGCUGGCAGAAGUAGCUUGCAAAUUGCUAUUCUCUUCUCAGAGAGAAUCAUCUAUUGUUUUCAGUGAUAUUACAUUGUCCAACUAUUUUUCUCCGGACGAAUUUACAGUUUGCAAGAGGUUUGCUCUUACGGCAGGGAUAUUAACAAACAGGAAAGAUAAAAGUCGGACAGGAAGCUCCAACUCAUUUGUCCACAAAACUGUGCAGGAACUUCUCGCAGCAUAUCAUAUCGCUUGCAAUACAAACAUCAUUGAUGACGUUAUAUCCAGAUACCUUAAACUCAACAAUACAUCCUAUCUCGAAAUAUCGCAAGUUCUUAUAUUUUUGUGUGGAAUGAACACGUCUGCUGCGAAUAAAUUGUCGGCUUUGAUGAAUCAUUAUGACGUUAUCCAUUGCGUUCCUUAUGAUGUAUGUCUUCUUGAUUGGCGUGACGCGUAUCCCUGUAGGUUUCAGCGUAUAAUUGAGUCUGGAAUCAGAGAGGCAGUAGCCAACAAGCAGGAAGAGGAAGGCAUACAGCUGACACUCAGUCACUUUGAUAUUAAUGAACGCAACAUAAGAGAAUUACAUGGCAUAUGGCCUACAGACGCGCGCAAUGUCAAGAGUUUGCUUGUAUGUAUGACAACGAGUGAAACCCUGCGCUCACCUGCACAUGACAAGUCUACAUCUCAUUUUGAGUUUAACCUGUCAUCGUGCCACACUUUGAGUCAUUUGUAUCUAUCGGGCAGCGGCAUAUUGCUGAGAGAUACAGCAAGCUCAGUCAGAUCGGAAUUUCCGGUUUGCAUUGUACUUAACAACGCAAAUCCAGCCCAAGGUGCAGCAAGUCCCACAAUACUGUCGUUCAUACAAUUCAUUGGCCUGAAAAGGAUCACAUGUUCUUCAACCUUUCUACAUAAUCUGUUCAGUACGCUGUUGACACUAAAUCAUAAGGUGCGGUGUAGGCUAAAGUUAAACAUAACAUCGUGUGUAGAGGGAUCAGAUAUAUUUACAAAAGCAUCCAUUAAGACAAAUUUUGACAAUCGAUUUUACAUAUGGUGUUUAGAGAGUGACAGUCCCGGUCUGUGGGAGGCUCUUCAUGGUCUGAAUAUCAAGAGUCUUAGUCUUUAUGAUGAGUAUAAAAUUGGAUUUAAUUUGAAUCAUAAAGAACUGUUUUCACAGUUUCUAUCAUCGCUCACUCAUCUAGAAAAGCUGAGUAUUACGAUGGAUUGUGGCAUUCCAAGUCUGUGCAAGGCUCUCCGUGUUAUGAAUAUCAAUGAUCUGAUUCUGCGUUGGAGUGAUACGUUUCAAGAUUUGACAGCGAACCAUUUAGAGUUAUUGUCGCAGUCUCUAUCAUCGCUCAUACUGCUGACAACGCUCAGUAUAUAUGUUGAUGAAGACAGUCCCGGACUGUGGGAGGUUCUCCGUGGUCUGAAUAUUAAGAGUCUGAAUCUGGGUGAUACUUGCCGAUGUUUGAAAGUGACACAUGUAGAGUCGUUGUCGGAGUCUCUAGCAUCGCUCACACAGCUAGAAACACUUUGUAUUCGUGUGUAUGGAGAUAACCCCGAUCUGUGGAAGGCCCUCCGUGGUCUGAAUAUCAAGAUUCUGAGUCUGAGUCUGGAAAAUACGCGGGGUGAUUUAACAGUGGAUCAUGGGGAGUCUUUGUUGCGGUCUACUUGCCGAUGUUUGGAAUUGACACAUGUAGAGUCGUUGUCGGAGUCUCUAGCAUCGCUUACACAGCUGAAAACGCUUAGUAUAAGAAUACGUAAAGACAAUCCCGGUCUUUUGGAGGCUCUCCGUGGUCUGAAAAUCAAGAGUCUGAGUCUGAAGGAUGAGUAUAUUUCUUUGUUUAGGAUGGGUAUUUGGAAAGUGAUACAUGUAGAGUUUUUAUAGAAGUCUCGAUUUGCGCUCGCUCAGCUGAAACGGUUUGUAUAAUUGUUUCAAUAAGAGUGUCGGUCUGUUGGAGGCCCUCUGUGGUCUCAAUAUCAAGAGUUUUAGUCUGAAGCUGAGGGUCUGGGAAAGUGGUUUGAGAGUGAAUCAUGAAGAGUCGUCUUCGCAGAAUCUUGUAUCACUCAAACGUCCGGAAACGCUGAGUAUUGAUGUGUAUGAUAAAAUUCCAAGUCUUUGGAAUGCUCUCCAUAGUCUGAAUAUCAAGAGUUUGAAUCUGGGUGUUUACUUGAUUGGUUUGAAGAAUGUAGAGUCGAUAUCGCAGUCUUUUUCAUCGUUCAAACGGCUGGAAACACUCAGUAUUUUUUAGGCCAAAUCCGUUCGGAUGGAAGUUCUCCGUGGACUGAUUAUCAAGAGUUUGAUUCUGGAUGUUUGGCGAAAUUCAAGAAAAAAACAUGUAGAGUUUUUGUAGUAAGUUUUAUCAUCGCUCAUAAAGCUGAAAACGCUAGACAUUAGUGUGUAUAAAGACAGUUUCGGUGAGUGGUAGGCAAUCCGUGGUCUGAAUAUCAAGGGUCUGAGAGGUUGAAUUCAGAGUGAAUAAUGUUGAGUCGUUGUCACGAUAUAUAUUAUCGCUCACACAGAUGAGAAAGCUUAGUAUAUGUGUUUAAGAAGAAAUACCUGGUUUGUGGGGACCCUCUGUGGUCUGAAUAUCAACAGACUCUGUCUGAGUGGAUUUUUGAGAGUUAAUAAUGUUGAGUUGUUGGCGAAUUUUCUAUCAUCGCUCACACAGCUUAAGGACCUAAGUAUUAGCGUGCAAAAAUACAGUCCUGGUCUACGGGGGGCGCUCACGUGUCUGAAUAUCGAGGAUCUUAGUGUCAGUUAUAAGUGUACUGGUUUUCGAGUGAAUAAUUAAUCACAGACCCUGCCAUCUUUAGUAUAAGUGUGUCGGUAGACAGUCACGAUCUGCAAGAGUCUCUCCGUGGUCUGAGUCUGGGAAGUAAGUGGAACAAUUUGAGAGUGCAUCAUGAUGAGUCGUUGUUGCAGUCUCUAUGGUCGCUCUUAAGCUGGAAACGCUAACAAUAUAUAUUUAUACAUAUUCCGACUAAAAGCUAUCUAAAUCAUCGAAAAAAAUAUCUACUGUUAUGAAUUACAUUUAUCAGAAGUAUGCGACCUAUUCAACAUGAUGGCUGAAUGUACUCAUAACGUUGAGAGUAGUCUGGAAUUCAGUUUUACUUGUUCGAAUUAUAAAAAAUAUAACCCACUGAAGGAAUACACUGAUAUCCAAAAGACAAUGGAAAAACUGAAGAACGCUAUAGUGAAACGAUUCCGAAUAUACAAAGCACCUAGAUCCGAUGAGUGGUCGUAUAUGUGUGAUAUGGGUGUUGAUGAUGACGAUGGCAGCGUUGGUACAAAAGGAGUAUUACUAUUUCCUUCGUAAAAUUUUUCAAGACGCCAUAAAUCAAAUUUCAAUACGACAUCAGAUUACCCUAGCCUCGACGUCAUGAAUGCAUGUAUGUGGCUUUCAUGCUGAUGAUAUAAAAGCAUGCAUUACUAAUGUAGGAAAUAAUUGUUGAUAUUGAGUAAAUAAAAAGAAUGCAGGAACAUCUCAAAUAUAAGUCACCGGGUGAAUUUGUUUAUGUAAAAGAUUGCAUUACAAAGUAUUAGUAUUUUAUCAGUGUUAAAUUGCAACGUGUAAAAUAUAAUAUUUUUUUAUUUUCUAACAUGAUAUAAGUCUGAUAUAUUGUUUGUCUUACAGGCUAGUAAAGGAUCUCUAUUUGUGUUAUGUAUUCCACCAAUAUUUUUAAGAAAAAGUUUUAGUAAUAAAUGUAAUACUUACAAAAUCACAUCAUUUUACUCCUAAAUAGUAAGCUUUAAUAAUAUCGUAUUAAUUUAUAUAAAUCAAAGAACGAUAUUACUUCACGUUAGUUGCUUCAGCAAAAGUUACAUUUUGCACGCACGAAUAGCUAAACAAAAUAAUUAAUUGUUAAUAUAGUUUACGUUGUUUAUAUGUUAGUGUAUAUUAUUGUUCAUACAUUCGUUUGUUUCAAUACAUAAAAUAGAAUAACAUAAAUAUGUUUAGUACAAUUCUAUGUGUGUGAAUCUAGAUCAAAUGUAUAGGUUUCGAACAAUCUCUAGAAUUAAUAUAUAUAGAUAGUAUAUUAUAAAUAUAAAUGGCAUGACUAGGCCUAAAUUGAGGUUGUACAUUGUAAUUUAUGUAUUCCUUAUUGUAGACAUUAUAUUUGAAUGGUUUAAUAAUAAUAGGAAUAAUAGAUUCUAACAAUUAUUAAUAAUAACAUGUAAAUUAACAUGUAACAGUAAGCAUUCAAGAAACGCCAGCGCGCUUGAAAGUGCCCUUUUGACAAAAUACUGCGCGUGGAAAGUGCCCUUUUGACAAAAAAGCCCCCCCCUGCCCUUUUCAAAUCCUAUUCUUAUAUAUGUCAAAUUUGAUAAAGGAAUCAAACUGCGCUUCAUAUUAGAAUUCAUCAAAUACUACUAUGAUUUUAUUGGCUAUAUAAAUCAAAAUGCGUUUUGUGUUUGAAGUCAUUAUAUAUGCUAAUAAGUGUUACAUACAGAAAACGAACCGUUAGUUUUGUUUGAAUUUAUCAUAAACUUAUAUAUGUAUAUGUUGUGUAUGCGUUUGGCUACAGAAAUCAAACUGCGUGUCGUGUAAGAACUCACCAUAUGAUAUUAUGAUUGUUUCUAUCAAUCACAACGUUUGUCGUAUUAUAAUUUGUCAUAUAUUAGUAUGCUUGUAAUUGCUUUUGAAAUCAAAGCGCAUGUCAUUUUACAAUUCAUUUUAUACAACCAAGCGUUAAUUUCGAUAUAGAAAUCAACCGCGUGUCGUAUUAGAAAUCAUCAUACAGUGCUAUGUAUAAUUGUGCUAUAGAAAAAAACCGUUUAUUUGGCAAUAUAAAUCAAACCGCAUGUCAUGUUAGACUACAUCUUAAAGCAGUAUGUGUGAGGUUUGGGGUUUAACCCUAAAUGUUUUGGAUUGACCAAUCGAGGACAGGGGCCCACAGGUCUACGCACGGUUUGUGUUUGUUGAGUAUGUGAACGACUUGUCAAUUACAUAUGUCACAUUGUUUAUCAUAUGGCUCGUUGCAAAUUAACAAAUGAAACAUGCUGUAUGUUUCUAUCUGCUGAUGAAAAGGAGUUUUACUUUGCUAAUAUUAUAAAGAAAUAUAUGUUAUGUUAUUGUUUCUACUCAUGAUUGGUAUGGUAAUUACGAUAAAUUACGAUAAAUGAAUACAAUAAAAUUA